AUGCAAACCAUCGGAGAUCAAGCAUUUGUGAAUCCACGGGAUACACGUUUGGCAUACGCCGAUAUUAUCGGUGAGGAGAGUCUUAGUGGCAAACUACUCAGUGCUGGCCCUAUUUUGGAACGACUUGAUAUUUUCGGGGCUGCUGUCGCUGAAAAUGUCGCGUGCAAAGGUAUUGCAACGAUUUCGGUUGAUCGGGUGGAUUUCAAGAGUCAGAUCGCUCAUGGCGACCUUGUUCGGCUUGAAGGUGAAGUCGUCUCCACGGGAAGCUCGUCGUUAGCUGUUCAGAUUACUGGGUACCGCCACGACAUUGAAGCGGGAAAGUUUGUUCAUACACUGAGUGCCAUCAUGACGUGUGUGGCGCUAGACAAGAACAUGCAAGCAAGCCCAGGACUUCCUAAAUUAAUGGAUCUGACGGACCCGGAGUAUGUCAAUAAGCACCAAGAGAUUGCAAAGCAACGGAAAGAGCUUGCAGCUCGAUGGCGUGGUGUACAGGAAGCAGUGGAUAAACUUCCGCAUGUAUCGGUUGACAUGUUGAAGACCUGUAAUUAUAAGCGAUCUCUGGUUGUGCCGAUUCCAGACACGUUGAUUGAGGUGCAAAAUUCGUUUUUACCAAAACAUCUCAACCGCAACAAUACUAUUUUCGGUGGUGAAGUGCUUACGUGGAUGGAUAAGGUGGCACUAUAUUGUGCUCGCAACUUCACUAAGAACCAGAACAUGGUUACGGUCUCGAUGAACCGAAUUUUCUUCAAACUGCCGAUCACCAUGGACGACAUCGUGACGAUGCACGCACGUGUCAGCAGUGCUCGUCGUCACCAUUUAGAAGUCGAAGUGGAGGUAUUCGUAGGUCGUAUCGGCUCUCGAGAGCGCCGAAGGUCUCACACAGGGUACUUCACCGUCGCGAACUUAGAUCGAUCGUACCGCAUGAAGCAGAUCUCCACAGGCCUCAAGGUGGACGAAAACGACCAAGAGAGUAUGCGUACAUUGCUCAAGGCUCAGCACCGUUGGUUGUUCGACGACCAAGAGGCCAAGUUGCUAAACCUCGAGCCACUCUCGCUGUCCACCCCGAACGCUGCAAGCAAGCUCUAA